AUGUUCGGCCGUCGCUCUCGCCAUACCACCACCAAAACCACCAAGCCCACCUUGAUGACUCGUCUCAAGGGCCCGAAUGCAAAGAACAAGACAUACAAGACCGAAGUAACUCGCCAUGAUGGUCGUCACCACCCGCACACGACUUCUCGGACCGCGCCUGUCCACCAUCGCCGCCGCAAGCCCAGCAUGGGCGACAAGUUCUCGGGUGCCAUGAUGAGGAUGAAAGGGAGUCUGACGCACCGGCCGGGAGAAAAGGCUGCUGGCACACGCCGAAUGCGCGGCACCGACGGACGUGGAAGCCGUCGUGUGUACUAG